ACCAAUGUGAUGAGUGUGGGGAAGGCCGUAAAAGGGACCUGCAAAUGCUGGCGUGAUGUGUGUUAUUUUAACGUUUCUGAAAUCCUGUUCUUAGUCUGCACACCUUGUCCGAGGCUCCGAUGUUAUCCAGGUCACCAGGUACGCCCCUGGACUCCUGCCGCAGCUGAUCCAGUGCUAGGUGCUGAGGAUACACGUCUAGGAGAAAGCAAUUGGAAGAAAAGCAAAGCUCUUCAAAGGAGACCUAUAAAGUCAUCUUUGUUUUGUUCAUUCUUCUCAUGUUUCUGCAUUCUGGGCAUUCUCCUAAAUUGGGGAGAAACCAAAAUGCCCAGAAGUCAAAUUCUGCAACUGUCAUCAUGCAAAAUGUCAAAUGAGAGAACCAAAGUAUGCUGGAUUCUAUAUUGUUAGGAAGGGAUGGUUAAUUUGAUUGACUCUCAGGAGCUAUUUUUCUAGCAUUAAGUAAUUCUAGGGAACUCUUUUCUGAUCAUCUCUGAGUAAAUAAACAAGUGAAAUUGCAAUUCAAA